AGAGGGUGGAGUGCUAACUGAUAAAGAAUAGAAUGCGCUCUCUAAAUCCCGGUUGCCUCCCCUACUUGGGCAAUGCCUUCCAUCCAAUCCACCCUCAGGCCGGCCGGUCAAAGCCCUAGCUUGCCCAUCUGGAGCGGAUUUCAGGGAAAGAGGAAAAUGGGGGCUCCCAAACCCUCUCCAGCUUCUCUCCGUCGCCCUUCCUGAUUGGCUGUGCAUCCCUGGAGCCCAACUUCAGUCGCUUCAGACUCAGUCUGAGCCUCCACAGGAGACCAAGCGCUGCGACCCGGGGCCGGAGGGGCGGCCACCUAUCCCGGGUUUGGCAUCUCGAGGUCCCCCGAAGGGAGGGGCCCGGACAGAGUCGGCCCCGUCGUUUCCUCCAGGCCCAAUUCUCCACGUCUAGCAGCCUUGGUUCCUCUCCGCCCCCCUCCUCCUCCUUCCCUCCCAGCGGCGGCCUCCCUCCUCCUCCCCCCCUACCCGCCCGCCUGCCCGCCACCUCCCCCCGUUUCUCAUUCCUGCCACUAGCGCGCUCCGCAGCUCAUUCCGCGGCCGCCGCCAGCUGAGGGGAGCGUCGUGGGCCGAGGAGCAGAUGCCGCGGGGGCUGUUCGCAGUCGCCGCAGACUUGUGAAUGGGACUCGGACUGGGACCCGAGCUGACACUGCUGCGUUCACCCAGAGCCAGGGACCGCCAGCCGGGAGGUCGCGUUCGCCCGCAAGGGCCCCAGGGUCUUCUCUUUCUGGGAUGCAAAGAGUCCCUGGAGAAAGUGUGACCAACGAGGCCGCGGGGUCCAGCUUCCUGCUCUGUUUCUUGCCAAGGCCGUGAUUUCGCCGUGGUUCUGCGAUCCUGCCUUCCGCGGGUGAAAGGAAUCAUUGUGCUUUUGGAUUUCUGGCCCUGUGAAGACACUCAUUUCAGUUGUUGUCUGUUGAUUGACCAAUCAGAUGGGUGGAGUAUGUUAUAGGAAUUGGCAGCAAGUGUCCAAUGGGUGAAGAAGAAGCUGACUGGGGAAGUGGGCAGCCCUGAUGUGAUGUCCUCAGUACGUGAAGAUACUCCAUUCCAGAGGAGGUCUACUUGACACAUCUGGGAGGCCGCCACCCGAAAGCCUGCCACUCUGUUGGUGUAGGGAGUGACAGCUGCAUUCUCCUGUGCCUGCUGCAUUACCAAAAAUGAAGGAGAACUACUGUUUACAAGCUGCCCUGGUGUGCCUGAGCAUGCUAUACCACAGCCAGGCAUUUGCCCUGGAGCGACGAAACCACCUACGGCCCUCAUUCCAUGGACACCAUGAGAAGGGCAAGGAGGGCCAGGUGCUGCAGCGCUCCAAGAGAGGCUGGGUCUGGAACCAGUUCUUUGUGAUAGAAGAAUACACAGGGCCUGACCCUGUGCUUGUGGGCAGGCUUCAUUCUGAUAUUGACUCUGGUGAUGGGAACAUUAAAUACAUUCUCUCAGGUGAAGGAGCCGGAACCAUUUUUGUGAUUGAUGACAAAUCAGGGAACAUUCAUGCCACGAAGACACUGGACCGAGAAGAGAGAGCCCAGUACACACUGAUGGCUCAGGCAGUGGACAGGGACACCAACAGGCCACUGGAACCACCAUCAGAAUUCAUUGUCAAGGUCCAGGACAUUAAUGACAACCCUCCGGAGUUUCUGCAUGAAACCUAUCACGCCAAUGUGCCUGAGAGGUCCAAUGUGGGAACAUCAGUAAUCCAAGUGACAGCCUCUGAUGCAGACGACCCCACUUACGGAAAUAGUGCCAAGUUAGUGUAUAGUAUUCUUGAAGGACAACCCUACUUCUCAGUGGAGGCCCAGACAGGUAUCAUCAGAACAGCCCUUCCCAAUAUGGACAGAGAAGCCAAGGAGGAGUACCAUGUGGUGAUCCAGGCCAAGGACAUGGGUGGACACAUGGGAGGACUCUCAGGGACAACCAAAGUGACGAUCACACUGACUGAUGUCAAUGAUAACCCACCAAAGUUUCCACAGAGCGUGUACCAGAUGUCUGUUUCAGAAGCAGCUGUCCCGGGGGAGGAAGUAGGAAGAGUGAAGGCUAAAGACCCAGACAUUGGAGAAAAUGGCUUAGUCACAUACAAUAUCGUUGAUGGAGAUGGCAUAGAAAUGUUUGAAAUCACAACAGACUAUGAAACACAGGAAGGUGUGGUGAAGCUGAAAAAGCCUGUAGAUUUUGAAACCAAAAGAGCAUAUAGCUUGAAGGUAGAGGCCGCCAAUGUACACAUUGAUCCGAAGUUCAUCAGCAACGGACCUUUCAAGGAUACUGUGACAGUCAAGAUUGCAGUAGAAGAUGCUGAUGAGCCUCCCAUGUUCUUGGCUCCAAGUUAUAUCCAUGAAGUCCAAGAAAAUGCAGCUGCUGGCACUGUGGUUGGGAGAGUACAUGCCAAAGACCCGGAUGCUGCCAACAGCCCAAUAAGGUAUUCAAUUGAUCGUCAUACUGACCUCGACAGGUUUUUCACAAUUAAUCCAGAGGAUGGUUUUAUUAAAACCACAAAACCUCUAGAUAGAGAGGAAACUGCCUGGCUCAACAUCUCUGUCUUUGCAGCAGAAAUCCACAACAGACAUCAGGAAGCCAAAGUCCCAGUGGCCAUCAAGAUCCUUGAUGUCAAUGACAAUGCUCCUAAAUUGACUGCCCCUCAUGAAGGUUUUAUUUGUGAGAGUGAUCAGACCAAGCCACUCUCCAACCAGCCAAUAGUUACAGUUAGUGCAGAUGACCAGGAUGACACAGCCAAUGGACCAAGAUUUAUCUUCAGUCUACCCCCUGAAAUCAUUCACAACCCAAAUUUCACAGUCAGAGACAACAGAGAUCAUGAAGCUUGGUGGUUCUUCAACUAAGAUAGAGAUCAUUUUUUACAAUCUAUGGAGGAAAUUAGCUUAAUUGACAUACAACCUUAUACUAUGCAAAGAUGAGCUGUGGACAAAUGAAAUGCACUGAAAAGUAGAAAAUGUGAAUUCUGUCUUUAUUUGCAUUUCCAUGUUAUUGUGAGAAAUGUUUCUUUCUUUUUUUUCUUUGUGAUAAAUUCUUUGGGACAUCAUAUAUAGAAGCAAUAAUGUAUGGAGCUUACCCAUAUUAAAAGCUCAAUAAAUAUUGCCUGGUUGAUUCUACCACCUAAACAAUAGUAAAGGAAUGAUGUCAUUAAAAGACACAGCAGUUACUAGAAGAAAUUUUGAUAGCCUUAUGUAGUAUUACAUGUUUAUAAUUCCAGUUAUUAAGAGUGUGGGGCUUUAGCAGCCAUCCUAAGCUACAUAGUGAUUUCUAGGCCACCAUAGGCAACAGAAUUCAGCCUUGUCCUGAAACAAAAGUAGAAAAAAGAAGACAAAGGAGUAAUAUAUACAGUAUAAUUAUAGAUGGCAUAGGUCAGAUUAGAUUUGAAAGUAAGUAAUAUGAGGAGAUAAACUGGCAAGUUCUGACCAUAAAAAUGCUAGAUCAGUAUGUGGUGAAUCAAAAACAGUAGCCUUGUAGGAGCUGGUGAGAUGAUAAAUUGGGUAAGAGAACUUUCUGUGCAAUGAAAAGAACCUGAGUUUGAAUCCCCAGUGUCUACAUAAAAAAGUCUUGAAUGUCCUUGUAUGCCUGCGACUCCCAUGUUGCAAGACUGAGAUGGUGAGGACAUAGGCGCUUGCUAGUCAUCCUUAGGUUUAGUGAGGAACUCUGUAUCAAGGGAAUAAUGUUGCAAAUGUUAGAGCAAGACAAUCUUUGUCUUCUAAUGGCCUCUGUAGGUGUGCCCACAACUCACCUACACACACAUACACCUACUUUAGAAUAUUCCCUUAUGCACACAGAGGCAUAUAUUCUUACAGAUAUGCACACACAGGUACACACACCUACAUUUAUGCUCACAUAGAAUUCCACAACUUCAAAUAUGCAUACACAGGCACAUAUACACAAAUACCAGAUAAGAAAAAUGUAGUGCAUUUUUUUAUUGUUUUGGUCUUCUUUUCUUUUCUUUUUGCCCUUUAUUCCCUGUGGGCCCACCACACAGUUCCCAAAUGUAUAUACAGAGACUUAUUCUUACUUAGGAAUGUCUGGCCUUAGCUUGGCUUGUUUCUAGCCAGCUUUCUGAACUUAAAUUAUCCCAUCUGCCUUUCAACUCUGGGCUUUUACCUCUCCCUAUUGUCUCUAUCUUCCUUUAUUUCUUAUUCCAUGUCUGGCUGUGUGACUGGGUGACUGGUUCCUGGAAUCCUUCUCUCCCUCUCCAUUUUUCACUCCUCUUCUCUUCUCUUUCUAUUUUUUUAUAUCCAUGCUAAUCCCACCUAUCCCUCUCCUGCCUAACUACUGACUGCUCCGCUCUUUAUUAGACCAAUCUGGUAUGUUACACAAGCAAAGUAUCACAGCUUCACAGAGCUAAACAAAUACAACAUAAAAGAAUUCACCACAUCUUUGCAUCAUUAAACACAUAUUCCAUAGCAUAAAUUAAUGUAGCACAUCUUAAAAUAAUAUUCCACAACAGUGUAGAAACACAUGAAAUCAUUUGUUCUACCAACACAUAGAAUACUACAGACAUACAGAGAUCAACAAAACAGUGAGUAAAACAAAUUUGGGAACUCUGUAUUUUUAUGGAGACCACAGGCAUUCAAACAGUUUAUUGUGGGCAGUGAAAUACUAAUUUACCACACCUAGAGCAAAAGAUCCUAGUAUAUUUAAAAAGGCAAGAAAGUGAGACUAUAUAAGGUCAAUAAGUUCAUCUUUGAACACACAUAUGCACAGUAUAGAAUUUACAAGUACUAUAUUAAUUUCUAAUAUUUGUGCCACUUAGUUUGAUAUGACAACCUGCCUGAUGCACCAACUUUAAGCAAAUUAUUAAAAACACACAAAUUUAAAUAAGCAUAAAAAUAAUUGUGUAAAGUUAAACUUUCUAAUGAUAUUCAUGUAAUUCUAUUUCAUACUGCUUUCUGAAAUUAUUAACUUAAAUCUUCUCCAAGACUGUUGGGUCACAUAUAUUCUCCCUCCCUCCCUCCAUACACACACACACACACACACACACACACACACACACACACACACACACACACAGAGAGAGAAUACUUAUCCUAGGGAAAAUGGAGCCCAAUAGAAAGUAAAUAAAUAUUUGUUCUGCUAGUGACUUGAUAAUGAACUUCCUGAAUAUAUGGAAGAGUUUUUACUAAAGUAUAUGGAUCGACUUUGUCCCUAAGUGUGUGAUGAAUUGGUAAAACUGGUAAAUUUAGGUGAGAAGGGAAGAAAACAUCUCCCUAAGAACAAGGCCUACUUUAACUUCCCCAAAUAUUUAAUUAGCUCAAGAGCAAAUUCUCAGAGUAAACUAUCUAUAGAGUCUUAUAAAUAGCGAGAAAGCUUCAAUUGGUCCCUAAAUGAGGAAUAUUCACCCCUACAGACUGGAAGGACAGAGAACAAAGAGUAGCAAGGAAAAAUUCACCUCUGAUGUUAACAUAGAAACAACAUAAUAUUUUAGUCCCUUUCUCUCAUGCUUCCUUAGAUCAUAUUUUCACAUGCAUGAGCUAUGCCUUUUUCUGGCAAUAUGUUUUAGAUUAAUACAAGAUUUGAUACCCAGUACAGCCCCAUAUCAAGAGCAUCUCUCUAUGAGAAUUAUCCCUUUUGGUGUCAUAUUUUAUGUAUCUCCCCAUUGGGCUAAAUCAUCAUCAUAAUGCUUAUGUAAGCAUCCCAACCAGGUGCCAUGGAGACUAUUAUCAUUAGGAAACUUUGAAUUUUGUUAGUAUAAUGAAAAACUGUGCAGGUAAAAGCAGCACAAAUUUAGGAGUCUACGUUUUAGACAUAAAAUUUCUAAACUUGAAUUUAUUUUCUCCAUUUAUAGAAACACUAAAAUCUGUGCAUGUCAUAUACCAGUAAUUAAUGGCAACAUUUGCAAAGUUUUGCCUAAGUGGGGAAAAAGUAUAACUGGUUACCUAUCUGCAUCCAGAGAUGAAAAUAUUGAGCAUCAGUAUAAAAAACCAAGGUGCUUGAAAACAAUUUUUAUUCUGGGCAAAUAUAUAACCUAGAACUGACACAUAAGCUAGUUCCUUACUUAUGGAAUAUUAGCCCUUCUUCGUAGGCAGUUGUAUUAGAAACUAUAGUGACAUUUCUAAGAAUUCACAUUCUCUUCUCUGUUAGUCUCCUACUCAAAGAGGAGCAUGUCCAGGAAGGAAUGAAUAUUCUCCUAGCGUCAUCAACAGAUCAACACCGCACUAAGUACUUUUGUGAAUGGAAGCACAGUUCAUUUUAAAUAUAUUAAUUUUAUGUUGAAAAUCAAAUAAAAAACAUGCAGAAGAUUCAA